CGGAAAUUGGGAUUUAUAACAUAUACUUUGCGACAGAUUAUCCGUUAGUGGAUGCAGGCAAAAAGAAAGCGCAAUCAACAACAUUCCAUAUCAUAUCUGAACAACAUCGUGAUGCCAUUAAAAUAUUAAACAACACCUUUAAAUUAAAUACUUGGGUAUCAAUGAAAACAUUGGAUGUAAUUUAUAAUAUAUUUCCCGAAUAUAAAAAUGAAAUUAAUGAAGAAUUUCAAGGUUCUGGAUUACAAGGAAUAUUUGAUAAAUUAGUCUUGACGAAUUCGAGUUAUUUUAUUUCUGGUCCUGAAGGUUGCGGCUAUAUAUCAUCGAAAUUUUCAAAAAGAAUUGGUGAAGCAAGAAGAUUAAUACUAAAUGGAGGCACAAAUAUUUUGAAUGACAUUACACGCUGGCCUUUAGAUAACGAUUAUAUUUCAAAUGAACACUAA